AUGAUGCUGACAGACCACUCCAAGGAUCUUGAACAGCCAGCUUACACAAUUGGACGAAGUAUAGCUCUAUCACAGCAGAUCCAAACAGACAUUUCAAACUUCAAAUCCGGCGCAUUUGGACCUUUUAGUUUAAUAAGUGCCCCAAUGAUGUUCUAUAUUCAAGAUAACGUAGACUUAUAUCAAACUCUAAUGAAACAUGUCGAAAAAGACGAUAUUAACUACGACGAACUUAGAAAUUUAGUCAUAACUGGAAACGCAAUUGAAAAAUCUCUGGAGUUAAAAGAUGAAUUUGUUUUAAAUGGAAUGGAAGCCUUAAAAAAAUUUCCAGAAAAUGAGGCAAAAAAUGCUUUAAUUAAUAUCUUAAAGACAAUAUAA